AAAUGACCUCCAAAGGUGGCAUUGAUGUAGGUCUGAUGGAUAAUGGUAGUAGAAAACUUAGAAGAGUGGAUGUGGAAAACGAUGAAGAAGAGUCGGACAUUAUUAUUGUUUUGUUGAUUUCUCUCGUAGCUGUUUUGGGAGCUUGGUACCAUAAUAAAUAUUUUAUCAAAGAGGUUCCCGUGAAAAAUGAUGUAAGAGCUGAACGGAGGGAACUUUUGAUGAGAUCCUUAUGUCUAAAUCCUACAUGUUUUAGGCAACUACGAGUAAAUGUGCACACAUUUAACAAACUAUGUGAAGUAUUACAUAAUGAGGUAUUUCUACAUAUUCUCGCUCAUGAUAAAAAAAAUAGUACAACAACAUCUAUAUUUUUGCGGUCAGGGAAAACUAUAAGUAGGCAGUUUCAUACCGUACUACGUGCGGUACUAAAAAUUGGAAAAAUCUAUCUCAAGCAACAAAGUGAUGGUUUAUAUAAUGAGAGGGAUACAAGGAGAUGGAGAUGGUUUCCAUUGUCAGAACUACUCCCAAGUGGACUGCUUUUCAGGAUAAUCUUGCCCUACAAAUGUUUGAUGAGUAUCAAGCUCGAUGAGAAUAAUGAUAAAGAAAUUAUGAAUAACAAGAUGAAAAAAGGAACAAAAGCUUCAAUGUCAAUUAACACAAAAACAUCCAAGCGGAGCUUUUCUGCCUAUGAUGCUUCUACUGAUCAUGCUGCUCAUGCUGCUGUUGAAGUUAAGCACAAACAAUCAUAUGUAUCUUGGAAUAAGGAUAUGGACAGUAAUUUGGCUUUCAUAUUAACU